GUCGUUGAGGCAGCUCCAGAGCCGCUUUCGCUUCCGGGAUUAAGCGCGUGGCAUUACGAGGUUAAGUUCCAGGUUGUUCUUUGGACGGAUUGUUAUUGGUUCUGGCUAUUUUUCUCUGGAUAUAUGGUUUUUAUGAGAAGGUGACUCUAUGACAAAUUGAAGUGCGUCGGAGGAAAGAACGUUGUGAUGUGAGUGAUUUGACAGUUUUCCGUGAAAUAAAUGUGUACAACGAAUCCGAGAUUUCUUAUUAGUUUACUGGGAUAAUAACAUGGGAACAAUUAUUCCUUUUGUGUUGUUCAUUUGGAUAAUCCUCUGGUUGGAAUUUGUAUCGACAACACUACCACCUGUUAUUCGAAUAGGAGCAAUAUUCACAGAAGAUCAGAAGGAUACCAGCAUUGAAUACGCUUUCAAAUAUGCUGUUUACAAAAUCAAUAGGGACCGAGAAUUUCUUCCUAAUACAACAUUAGUAUAUGAUAUUCAGUAUGUACCGAGAGAUGACAGUUUUCGGGCUUCUAAGAAAGCAUGCCGUCAGAUGGAAUUCGGAGUACAGGGAAUAUUUGGACCAUCCGAUCCUGUUUUAGGGGCACAUAUUCAAAGUAUGUGCGAGGCUUUAGACGUCCCACACCUGGAGGCAAGAAUAGACUUCGAACCUCACUCCAAGGAACUUUCAAUCAAUCUUCAUCCAUCUCAAGAACAUAUGAAUAAGGCCUUUAAGGACUUGAUGACGUUUUUAAAUUGGACGAAAGUAGCUAUUAUUUACGAGGAGGAUUACGGCCUAUUCAAACUGCAGGACAUGAUGAAAGCCCCAGCCAAUGCCAAGAAUGAGAUGUACAUAAGACAAGCCAGUCCUUCGUCCUAUCGGCAAGUCCUGAGGGAGAUAAGGCAGCGGGAGAUUUACAAGAUGAUAGUCGACACAAAUCCUAGGAACAUACAGACCUUCUUUAGAGCGAUUCUUCAACUUCAGAUGAAUGAUUAUCGAUAUCACUACAUGUUUACUACUUUUGAUUUAGAAACGUUUGACCUAGAGGACUUUAAAUAUAAUUCAGUAAACAUAACUGCGUUUCGACUUGUAGAUGUCGACCACUCUAAAGUGACAGAUGCACUGCAAGCCAUGGAACGCUUUCAGCCGAUCGGACAGUCGAUAUUGAAUGGAAGUGGUUUGAUACAGGCGGAACCAGCCCUUAUAUUCGAUUCUGUAUACGUUUUUGCAAAAGGUCUCCAAGCAAUGGAUUCCAGUCAUUCAAUCAAACCAAUGAAUCUAUCAUGUGAAACAGAAAGACCAUGGGACGAUGGGCUGACACUUUAUAAUUAUAUAGAUUCAAUAAGCGGUUUACAUGGCUUGACAGGUAACCUGGAGUUCAGCGGCGGUAAGAGAUCGAAUUUUAAAUUAGAUCUGCUGAAAUUGAAAAAGGAAGAAAUAAGGAAAGUUGGAGUUUGGACCCCUCAAGGUGGUAUCAAUAUCACCGACUCAAGUGCCUUCUAUGAGAGUCUGGCUCCAAAUAUAACAUUGGUAGUGAUGACGAGGGAGGAGCAGCCAUAUGUUAUGGUGAAGGAAGAUAAGAACCUCACAGGCAAUGCCAGAUUUGAAGGAUUUUGUAUAGAUCUGUUGAAGUGGAUUGCCAAUCAAGUUGGAUUUCAAUACACUAUUCGGCUAGUUCCGGAUCAUAUGUAUGGAGUCUAUGAUCCAGACACUAAGCAAUGGAAUGGUAUAGUUAGGGAGCUCAUGGAGAAGAGAGCUGAUCUAGCAGUUGCGUCCAUGACCAUCAAUUAUGCAAGAGAAAGUGUAAUAGACUUCACAAAACCAUUCAUGAAUUUGGGAAUCGGAAUACUAUUCAAGGAAUCUAGGAGAAUUUCCAGCAGAUUGUUCUCAUUCAUGAAUCCCCUUGCGUUCGAAAUAUGGCUGUAUAUGGGAUGUGCAUAUUGUAUCGUUUCUAUAACACUCUGGAUUGUCGCAAGGUUUUGUCCCAAAGAGUGGCAUGAAACUGAACUUUGUAAUGAUUGUUUGCUGGAAAGAUAUGAAGGAGUUUGCGAUGAUGUCACAACGAACAGGUCCGGAUCAUCUGGAAUUGGAAGUGAUACAAAACACGGCCCUUUGAAAUAUCAUCACGAUCCCAAACCAUGCAAGAACGAUGGUUUUAUCGAUGAAGAAUUCGAAAUAAUCAACGACGCCUGUUUUAGUCCCGAAAAUUGUGGACAAUUUCAUAGUCUAGAGGUACUCGAGAAUGAUUUCACCCUGGCAAAUAGUUUCUGGUUUGCUAUUGGUACUCUCAUGCAACAAGGCUCGGAUCUUAAUCCAAAGGCCACUUCAACACGCAUCGUUGGCGGCAUCUGGUGGUUCUUCACCCUCAUCAUAAUCUCCUCCUAUACAGCCAACUUGGCCGCCUUCCUAACAGUGGAAAGAAUGAUAACGCCGAUAGAGAGUGCACAGGAUUUGGCGGAGCAGGCGGAGAUCGCUUAUGGCACGCUGGAGGGGGGUAGCACGAUGACUUUUUUCAGGGAUUCUAAAAUAGGAAUAUAUCAAAAAAUGUGGAGGUUCAUGGAGAAUCGCAAGCCUCCAGUGUUUGUCAAAUCCUACGAGGAAGGAGUAGAAAGAGUACUACAAGGAAACUAUGCCUUUCUGAUGGAAUCAACAAUGCUGGAUUAUGCGGUGCAAAGAGAUUGUAAUUUGACACAAAUUGGAGGCCUGCUGGAUAGUAAGGGAUAUGGAAUAGCCACGCCAAAAGGCAGCCCUUGGAGAGAUAAAAUAUCAUUAGCCAUUUUGGAAUUACAAGAGAAAGGAAUCAUUCAAAUAUUGUAUGAUAAGUGGUGGAAGAAUACUGGAGAUGUAUGUACCCGAGAUGAUAAGAGUAAAGAAUCCAAAGCUAACGCAUUAGGAGUGGAAAAUAUAGGUGGAGUCUUUGUUGUCCUCCUUUGUGGUUUAGCCUUGGCGAUUUUCGUUGCUGUAUUGGAAUUCUGCUGGAACAGUCGGAAGAACGCCCAAACUGACAGGCAAUCUUUAUGUUCUGAGAUGGCUGAAGAAUUGAGAUUUGCGAUGCGAUGUCAUGGAUCUAGACAACGGCCUGCGCUCAGAAGAUCCUGUGCAAGAUGUAGCCCAGCAAGCACAUAUGUUCCAGCAGCGUUAGAUUUGCCCCAUCUGAACGGAGACGGCGUUGUGCUCCCCAUGAGUGAAAUGAAGAGGCCCCCGAUAAUCUACGAUGACGAUACCUAGCGCUUUCUGCCGGUGGGCGGCGGCACCACCACGUUCAACUCCAACCCUAUCAGGAACUGUUGCGGCGGCCCAU